AUGCCUGCAGCAGCAAAGUCCUACCUCCCCGCCUUUGCCGCCUUCAUGGCCUUCGGCCUAACCUACACCACCGUCGUCGCCUCAAAAGAAGGCGCCGCCGUCGACGGCGCCCGCACCCGCUGGCAACAGCAACACGCACGAGCCCGGUACGCCUUGUCUGGCGGCAUGGCGGCGCUGAGCGAGAGCAAGUGA